AUGGACAUCUCGGUACUGCCCAACAACAACCACCCGGAAAAGUUCUUUCAGCUGGACGCGGGGAUGCUGCCGGCCACCCACGGGAUGUUCCAGGUCGGGGCUGUGCUGUCGGGGCAGAGGCAGUGGAGUAACCAAGUCUAUCAACAGAGGGAACAUAGGACUGUGAGUGACAGUAGGCCUUCCCCGUCCCCGGAGGGCAGCCCCGUGGUGUUUGUGGACAGAUACCUGGAGAAGUACACCUUGAAUUCCAAGAUCAAGAGGAACCCUCUGUACACAGACAUAAGGACUAUAGACAUGGGGGAGAGCCAGAAGUCCAAACCCUCCUGGACCAUCCAGGAGUUUGAUAGACACUCAAUCCACUCCAACCUGGCUGGCUAUCUAAAGGAAGAAGAAAAAGGGCCACAGGAUCUAGAUUUCUGGUUGGAGGAUCUCUACACACCUGGUUAUGACUCCUUGUUAAAGAAGAAAGAAGCCGAGAUGAAAAGGAACAGACUUUGCAAAAUACUGACCUGCGUCAUUCUGUCAGUGUGCGUAAUCAUUGUCAUCAUCACAGUGCCAAUUGUAGUCACCAAAAAUCUAAAGGAGCCGUGA